AUGUCAUUUCCAAACGCCAUCGUGACAUGGCAGUCCCCACGAGGGCCGUCAUCGGUGGUGGAGGUUCUUCAGAGUUGUCCGAAUCUUUUAGGUUAUCUUUGUGAGACGUCUCGCACCGAGGCGAUGCGGCGGCCGCCGAGCCCGCACCGAAGGCUGUUUAUUCUCUUUCCGGGUAAUCCUGGUGUCGUGCAGCUUUAUGAACGUUUUGUGGAACUCAUGUCUGUACGUCGUUUGGACGUGCUUGUGAUGGGGUUUGCCGGGCACAGUGUUGUUGACCAAAACAACGGUAGGGCCUUUGAUCUACAGGAUCAGGUGGAAACAGCCGAUCACUUUUUGCAUGCCAUUUUUACCCCGUGCACGCUGAAGUGGUAUGGAAGACAUAUUUACGUUGGUGGCCACAGCAUUGGAGCGUUUGUGGCGCUGCAGAUGUUACCGCGUUUUUCCUCUAUUAAACGCUGCUUCUCGCUUUGCGGGGUACUUUCAAAUAUACAGAAUUCACCGAACGGGAAACGACUUUUUUUUUUGAGUAGCAAUAUGAUGCUUUAUACUCUGUUUAGUUACUGUUUGGUAUUAGUUCUCCUGAUGCCCAGGGUGAUUUUUGCGUCAUUGUUGCGCUGGUACGCGCCCACAGUGAGGCCAUCACUACGGAGAUUGAUGACACAGCAUUUGAAUCAGAAUAUUUUCUGGAACUGCUUUGGUAUGGCGCGGCAGGAGUUCCGUCAGGUGCGUGCGCUUGACAAACCACUGUUGAGAGCUGUGGAGGGUCGCAUGGUGUUCUACUACGUCAUCAGUGACAAGUGGGCGACACCGCAGCAUGCAAGUGAGGUAAGGGACUUAUGUAAAGGGAAUGCCGGCUUUGUGAUGGAGAUGGAUCCGGAUGUUCCACACGCCUGGUGCCUUGAUCACAACGAGGUUGUGAUUGAACGUGGAGUUAUACCGUUUCUAUGA